CUUAAUGUGAUAAACUGUUUGUGUUUCUUCAAGAUUGAUGAAUCAUUAACAUGGAGAACUCCGGGAACUCUGUGCCGCAGCAUGAAGAAACUGAAAGCAAAAGGUCUCCGCCCCUCUGCCACCUUCUUAAUAUCAGUUCUAUUCCCUGGUGCGGACAAAGGAUGAAAUUCACAAGCCUGCUCUUUGUGUGCUUUCUAACCGAAUUGACUCUUGCAACACAAGGGCUGGUGAGCGUCAGCAAUGUUACAGCCGAGUGUGGCAAGUCGGUGGCAAUACACUGCAACGUGUCAGAACAGAGGGACGGGCUCUCAGUCAAACACAUGGAGUGGUUCCAAAACCGCAAGCUUUUAUGUCAAGUGAACAGUGGGGGAGAAUUGAAGCACAGCAAAAAUACCAAAAGCGACUUCCGCUGCGAGUAUCAAAAAGGCCAGCUGUCGCUCAUCUUUGAAAAAGUGCUGCCGGAGGAUAGCGGCGCUUCAAACCGCUACAUGUGCAAACUGCGUUCCAACUGGGGAAUUUCACAUGCAUACAGCUGGAUAAAACUGCAAGAGUGUUGCGGGGCGGUCAAAGGCGUUUUGACGAAGGAGGGCCCUGUCUGCACGUUCAGCGGUGUCUACCCGGAUGCAGAAGUGCUGUGGUCUCAAAGCCAACCGGAGACACCUGGAAGGCAGAGCACUUUUAAAAGUGUGGAGGAGGGCGGCUGGGUAACCAUUCGUAGCCAGUGGGAAGGGAAUUCCAACGGGGCCUUCAACUGUACCUUGAGGAGCAUCGACUCUGGAAGACAAAUUGUUUGCAAUUCAUCUGAGGAUGCCCAAAUCGUUGACGGGUAUGGACUGAAACCUCAGGGGUUCACGAAGAGUACUGUGAAUGGUUCCGAAGCUCUUGACCCUUUGAUGAAAAUUCUGUUGAUAUCAAUCCUAGUUGUUGUCAUGCAGAAAUGAAGGUUUUGCUUCAAGAAUUCCAGAGAACUGAGUGCGAUUAGACUCUCUUCACGAUUAAUGUGCUCCCCCUGGUCUCAAUCCUCCGCCACCAUGGGAUUCACUCACUGCCAUGCAAAUGACACACGACACACUGCCAUGCAGAAUCAGAAUCAGAAUC